AUGACUUCAUUACAGGCUGAUAAAAAUCCAUCAUCGGUAAUAUUAAAACAACGUUAUAUACCUGUUAGAAAGAAAAAAUACUUAGUGGGUGAUAAAGUACGAGUUAGCGUAAAUAAGGGUGUGUUUACAAAAGGUUAUUUACCUAAUUGGUCUACUGAAGUUUUUACUGUUGUAAAAAUAAAUAAUACAACACCGUUUACAUAUCAGCUAGAGGAUUACAAAGGAAAUCCUAUAACCGGAUGUUUUUAUGCAGAGGAAAUAAAUAAAACCAGUUUUCCGCACGAUUAUUUAGAUGAAAAAAUAGUACGUAGAAAUAGCGACCGUGCACUCGUUAAAUGGCUAGGUUUCGAUAGCUUGCACAAUAGCUGGAUAAAUGCAAAUGUUUUAAAAAAAUGA